AAUUUUACCGCGCUUUCAUAGCGUUUGGCCGUUUCGUUGACGAACGUUUGAUUGACGCCAUUUUGUUUUUCGCUCAACCGCGUUGUUCUGUGUGUUCGUGUUCACAAAUUUUAUUUUAGCGACAUAAGACUUAUAAUUAGAUCAGUGGUGAUAUUUCCGUUUUAUUCUUGUUGCUUGUAUUCUUGUGAUCAACAUGUCUGAUCGAGAGAGAAGUCGUUCGAGGACCCGCAACGGUUCCCGAGAGCCAGCUCCGAAGCCUCCGACGAUGUCGAGGGGACAUAGCCGAAGCCGGUCCAGGACGCCGCCGCCGCCAAAAUCAUCCAGCAGAAAGUAUAGGAGUCCGACGCGGUCCCGUUCGGGGUCGCCGCGGCGCGGGUACCGUGGCUCGCGGUACUCCCGCAGCCGCUCCCGUUCAUACUCCCCCCGUGGCUCAUACCGCCGCUCGCACUCCCACAGUCCUAUGUCCUCCAGGCGCCGCCAUCUUGGAGACAGGGUGAGUGGUGACAUUGGAGAUAGGGAGAACCCAACCCCAUCCCGCUGUCUUGGAGUAUUUGGUCUCAGUCUAUACACAAGUGAACAGCAAAUUAAUCACAUCUUCUCCAAAUUUGGACCAGUUGAGAAAGUACAAGUCGUCAUUGAUGCUAAGACUGGGCGUUCGCGAGGUUUCUGUUUCGUUUACUUCGAAUCUCAAGAUGAUGCUAAGGUGGCUAAGAAUGAGUGCACCGGAAUGGAAAUCGACGGCAGACGUAUUAGAGUGGAUUUCUCAAUCACCCAGCGAGCGCAUACUCCUACCCCAGGCAUAUACAUGGGCAAGCCCACUGUGAGCAGCAGAGGUGACAAUGGAUAUGAUAGACGCAGGGACAGAGAGGAGUACUACUACCGCGGUGGUGGCGGAGGUGGUGGCGGUGGUGGGUACCGCGAGCGCGACUACUACCAGCGCGGCUACCGUCACCGCUCGCCCAGUCCGCACUACCGCCGCUCGCGUCGCUACGACCGCGACCGCUCCUACUCGCCGCGUAUUGAAACAAGAAGUAAAGGAUGAAGUUCCUUGAAAAAACGUAACUGUGUCGAAGUUGUUCGAAAAUUUUUCUUGAGAAAGUCGUUGUUGAAAUGGCCGUUGCCGAAAUUCCCGGGACGGCCGAUGGGCGCCGAGAACAGUCGGCGGCGCGAAGCGUUAGCGAACUUGUCUCCUAACGUCUUUGCGAACGGCUUGUCCGCCGCGCGCCCGUAGGGAAGCCGAAGCUCGCUCAAGACUCAAGAGAGAAGUCGCGCGCUCGCUGGCGAUAUUCUAAAUCUAUACAGACUACCGCGAACCUAACUCCCGCGAAUACUAUCUCUCUAUCGGUGAUCCAUAUGCAUUUUAUUUAUCAAAUAGUAUGUAUUUACUGCAUAUUAAUAUAUAUAUAUGAUAUAUAAUUAUAGAUUUGGUGAAGUAAUUUUUAGUGUAGACUUGUGUUGUGAGCGACUUGUUGAAUAAAUGA